GAUCGGCAGCAAUUUCCAUGGAGGACAUACUGUGGUUCCAAGGUGUCUCCUGGCUCCUUUGUGUCUCAUUGUAAUUCCACUUGUAUGCAGAUUGUUCUGAACUCUGGUAUUCCUCCCAAUAGAGUAGCUUCCGGUUUCCAAGUCAACAUCAGGACUACAGACCGAGAUGAAACAGAGGACAAUCUGGAUGAAAUGAUGUGUGGCAGCAAUCUUGUCGCCAGAGUAAUUUCUUCCCAGAGCCUGUUUAUAUUGGAGGUGAACGUGAAAAUAUUGGAAAUCCUCAGACAAGACGAGCCUAUGGUUGUUUCGCCGGACGAAGAAAUCUCCAUAAAGCACGAUUUUACCAUCAGAGACAUGUAUGGCUGUCCAAUGGAGUUCAAACCCGGAUCGGAAUAUAUCAUUUUCGCCUCAUACGAGGGAAACAUUAAUAGCGUAGACCCCAUUUCGUUCGUGAUGGAUUUUGCUGUAGAUCCUAACGACGAAACGUCUGCGAACAUUGUCCAGCGGUUGAAGGCGAUAAAAGAAGAGCUACCACAAUGCGAACCGCUGCCUGCGAAAUAAGAUAUUACACGAACGAAUAGCUUUUCAAAAAAUUACUGAAACUUGAAACCAAUCGGAAUGGAAUGGAAAAGUAUGACCAAAGGAGAGUUUCUUCCGAAACGUUUGCUUCAAAGACGUACUUGUAAUUUUCUUUGCAAUUAAAAUUUAUUUCAG